UUGCGUCGGUUAACGGAAACGUGCGUCGCGUAGUCCACAGGAGUGAUAAAUUAACAAAAAUAAUUAUUAAAUAGAUUCAAUCUAGAGUACAUUUCACAGGUGAGUCGAUAUGGAUGACGAAGAGGAGACAUACAGACUGUGGAAGAUUCGUAAAACCAUCAUGCAGCUGUGCCACGACCGAGGCUACCUGGUGACACAGGACGAGUUGGACCAGACACUGGACGAGUUCAAGAGUCAGUUUGGAGACAAGCCCAGCGAGGGUCGCCCCAGACGCACAGACCUCACUGUGCUGGUGGCGCACAACGAUGACCCCACAGACCAGAUGUUUGUUUUCUUUCCUGAGGAGCCCAAAGUGGGAAUCAAGACCAUUAAGAUGUACUGUCAGAGGAUGCAGGAGGAGAACAUCACACGAGCCAUCAUUGUUGUUCAGAUGGGCAUGACACCGUCGGCCAAACAGUCUCUAGUUGACAUGGCACCCAAAUACAUAUUGGAACAGUUUCUACAACAGGAGCUGCUUAUUAACAUCACAGAGCAUGAGCUUGUUCCAGAGCACAUUGUUAUGACGAAAGAGGAAGUGACUGAACUUCUGGCAAGAUAUAAACUAAAGGAAAGCCAGUUACCGAGGAUCCAGGCUGGGGACCCUGUGGCUCGCUACUUUGGCUUGAAAAGAGGACAGGUAGUAAAGAUCAUCAGACCCAGUGAAACAGCUGGGCGGUACAUCACAUACAGACUGGUGCAGUGACGGACAGAUGUUCUUCUGGAUCAACAUUUAGGAAGACCAGUGAAGGAAACUGAAGACGUUACAUCCUUCAUCACUCAUCCAGAUUCUUCUAAUGACUUGUGUUGUUUAGUUUUUCUGAUAAUUACUGAUUUUGUAAAAUAAACAUUUCAAAAUGUAAUAACAUACUUUGUUUUAGCUCACAUAAUCUCACCAUUUAUGUAUAUUUCAAGAACUAUUUAUCUUAAAGAUGAAGUUUAAGAAUUCUAUCUACAUCAUGCUGUAAUGGUUUUAGAUGCCUACCUUCUUUUUCCUUUUGAAAGCCAUGCUGUAGCUGCUUUAGCCUGUAGCUUUUAGAACUGGCCUGGUUACUGUACGUCACAUGUCAGAUUAUUAAAAUCCACCUUAGUAAACAGUU